GAGGACACGCUGACCAGCUCCACACACAGACCUGUCAGCUGAAGCGAAUGGUCACCUGACAGAGAUGGCCGAUACAGGAUUGUGCUGCAGCAGCCUGGAGGAGCCCAAAGCCCUGAUGAAGAUGGGUCUGAGCGUGGUCCUCGUGGGUCACGUUAACUUCUUACUGGGAGCGCUGGUGCACGGCGUGGUGCUCAGGCACAUCAACCUCCACAAGCAGGCCCGGGCCAUGGAGUACGCCAUCUCCAACGUGGUGGCUCUCACCUCUGGCCUGGUGGGCAUCGUUGUUGGUGUUCUGGCUAUUGUUCUGUCUAAAAACAAGAAGAGUAGAGGCCUGACGUGGUCUCUCUUCACAGUCAGUCUGGUCGCCGCUCUCAUGGCGGCGGCGUCGGCCGUCGGGCUCUUCGUGUCCGUGGUCAGGGCCAUCAUUCACGGUGGGCGGAGCCUCCUGACUCACUGCCGCUUCCCCGACGCCAUCGGCUACUCCAGCGUCACCAACGAGUGUCCUUUUGACCCCACGCGAAUCUACAGUACCACCCUGAUCCUUUGGGCUCCUCUGAUCGUGACUUGUGUCAUCCAGCUGGUUUUUUCCGCCCGUUGCUUUGCUGUCUGCGUUUCCUUCCUGGGUCUGCCUUGCUGCCCCACCAGGAAGAAACCCAGAGACUACGGCAGAGCGAUCAAUGUGGUGAGGCCGAUGGAGGAAGUUGCUCGCUAUACUGAGCCUCCAAGAAGCUACAAUGAACCUGCAACACGCCAUCCUGAGCGUCCAAGACACUACAAUGAAAAUCCAAGACGGACCGCUGCACCUCCAAGAAGGACCACUGCACCUCCAAGACAGCAGCACCGACCUCCUCCUCCUCCACAGCAGCAUGUUCCCCGCCAGCACCAGAGUCUUCCUCCGUCGGAGAGGCGGCCUCUUCACCAACCGUAUAGAGAAAGGUCAGACAGAGAAAGGGCAGAAACAAGGUCUGGCAGCCAGCAAAGGGCACCGGAGCAACACCAGCUGCUGCAGAGGGGUGCACUGGAAAGGUCCAGCUUCUGGAUUUAGCCAUACUUGACAUGUUAGACCUUCUCGAAGAAUGAAACACAGCGCUUACAGGUUCUAUGCUGUAGUUUUAGCCACAGUGCUUGGAGUUAAACAUGCUCACUACCCUCGAUUCCUGUCAGUACUUCACAGCCACGACCUCAGAGACUGAAGAUGUUUUAUUUAGUUGACCUGAUGUAUGGGUGUUCUCAGGCUCAGACUGUUUGCACGGUGUGCAGGAUCCCAGCGAUGUGAGUUUGUCUGUUCUUGUCUACUUAUGAGAGACAAAAUAUUCGUAUCAGGAGAGAAAUACGAGCUCAGGUGAGCGCUAGAGGGAGAACAUGGUGACAGUCCUCAAUGGAAUAGUUUGACAUUAUGGGAAAUAACUUUUUUGUAAAGAGUUGGAGAUUGAUACCACUCGAAUGUCUGAUGUACGGAGCUGCAGUUAAACCAUGGCUAACUUUGCUUUGAAUUAAGACUUGAUGUAGGGGGGAAAUUGGCGCCCACCUCUCCUCAGAGCGAAACAAAAAACACCGAACAAGAACUCCUGUUUAUUAUGAAAGUGUGAAGAUUACAAGGUGUGGUUUUUCACAGGGGUUAUUGGUGCUUUAACAUCUGCAAAAUUAAAAAGAACAAGAUAAACAUCGCUUAUUCUGACUUGGGAGUCACAAACUGUAUUUCCAUAACAUUUUUAUGUACACUUGCAUUAGAUAAAUCACAAUUGUGCAAAAAGGUUUUGGUGAAAUUAGUCUGCUUAGUUACAGCGAACCGCCACGUUUCUGUGACAUGAAGAACUUAGCAAGUCAGAAGCUGAAGUUUCCUGUGACUUCUGGACUUGUGUGAAUUUUCUUAGCCAGGAACCCUUUUUUUUCAAAUUCCAACACCACAUGAAUGCGCUACCGUUUCAUGACGCUUUAGCUCCAGUGCUACCUCGUCACAUUGCUUACGUUGGCUAAUUCUGUCAUGUUACAGACUUGCAGCAGUUUGUGAAACCAGUUAUGAACGAACCUCCUAUCACUGUAAUAAUUUGUUUUAAAUAACGUGAUGUGAACACACGCUUGAGAAUUCAGCCUUUGUAUGAAGUUAGCUUAGCAUUAAAUUUGAAAUGGAGAAAAGGCUAAUCUGACUUAACACGUGUGUCGGUGCCACUAAUUAACACUAUUUUUCAUGUUUUUUUUAAAUUUCUUUUCAGUGUUUACACAAACAGAAAUAGCCAUUCUUGCCAUUUCUUCUGCUUAUGCUAGCUUGGCUAAGCUAAUUGCCUCCUGAGUCUAAGCUUUAAGCUGAAAAACGAGCGUGCUAAGGGGACUUUUUGCCCAAAACCAGUGUAUUUCCCACAAUGUUGAACUAUUUCUUUUAAGGUUUGAAUUCACACAUAUAGAAAGGGCGGGUAGCGUAAUAAUUAUCCAUACAAGUGAAGCGUUUACAGCACGCCGAGUGUGUGUGGGUGUGCCUUCUGCUUUCUACCUGUUUUUGCCAAGAAUUGAGCCUCUGGUAUGUGCUGCCUGUCUGAAUCCAAUGUGUGUGUCUGUUUUAUCCGCCGUUAGGUCAAGAGAAACUAGUAGUGGAAGUUUUUGUAUUUAUUGCCAAAGUAAAUAAAGUUUUUAUUCUCAGUAA